GAUCAUCAACUUCCAAAGUAACCCCUCGGUUGCGCCAGAUCCGCUCCAGCAUGCUCAGACUAUGACAUGAUCAUUUCCGAUAUUGCUUCGCAGUUCUGACCCGUUCCGCCAAGAGCUUGACGCGCAACAUUCCAUCCCGACUCGCGACCUCGACUUCGACCGUAGCAUCCCCGCGCCGCAGCAAUGUCCGAGUUCGCCAUGUACCACGCCCUCGGCACGGGUACACCGAAUCCCAAUGGAUCAGGAAAGAAGGACGAACCGAAUACAUGGCGGCCACCUGUUGCUGCGGGCCCUGCGGGCUACCAGCAGAGUGGCAGUCCUGCAGUGGGUCAAGCUCAGAACCAGUACACGGGCACACCAGUGCAGUACGGUGCGCCUGUUCAACAAGAGGGCUACUUCCCACCGCAGCCAACACCGCCAGCGUAUCCUUCGUAUCAAGGCGACCAGGACGUGAACAAUUUAGCAUCUCAAGUGGGCGCGGUGGGGUUAGGCGUGAAUCAAAUAGCGCAACCCAGGCACAAGAAGAAGGACAGGCAUGCAUAUCACAACAUCGAGGGACCGGGAGGAAGUACACCGGGCUUCAAUGGCUCGCCACAGAUGGGUAGUCCUUCACAAUACCUGAACCAAAACUCGCCGCAAGUUGGGGGAGCGCAGUGGAUGGAACCCCAAAUCACCCCCGCGAUGAGCCAGUUCCCAGCAGCGGCAAAUCCUAUAUUCAGUCCUGCAGCUCAAGCCUCGCCUAUGCAGCACGCUGCACGAACGCCGGUGGCAGCACAACAACAAAUGGGAGGGACCCCAGCAUCAUCAGCCCAAGGCCGUGUCGACCCUGAGCAGAUACCAAGCGUUCCGAGGUCUCGAGAUGCACCAGCAAGAUAUUAUCUGGAGCACAUAUACCCGACUAUGGAACACCAUCUUCCUCCUCCCGCUGUUGUCCCCUUUGUCGCCUACGACCAAGGCAAUUCGUCGCCCAAGUUCGCAAGAUUAACGCUGAACAACAUUCCCAUAUCAGCACAAGCUCUUGCUGCUACUGCCCUGCCACUGGGCAUGGUUUUACAACCGCUCGCUUCUCAACAAGAGGGCGAGCAGCCCAUUCCGGUGCUAGACUUUGGCGAGACCGGUCCACUGAGGUGUACAAGGUGCCGAGCGUACAUCAACCCUUUCAUGCAGUUCAAGGCUGGUGGGAAUAAGGUCGUGUGCAACAUGUGCACCUAUCCCAUUGAUGUUCCAGGAGAAUACUUCUCACCCACAGACCACACAGGUGUGAGAGUAGACAGGCUACAACGACCUGAGUUGACCCUAGGUACGGUUGAUUUCAUGGUUCCGAAAGAGUACUGGUCGAAGGAGCCUGUCGGCCUACGAUGGCUCUUCCUGAUCGAUGUCACUGAGGAGGCUGUCAAUCGAGGCUUCCUCGACGGCUUCUGCGAAGGCAUCAUGCACGCACUUUACGGCGGAGAUGAGCAGACGGAAGAAAGCGAGACGACAAGUCGAUUACCAAAAGGCGCCAAAGUUGGGAUUGUCACGUUCGACAAGGAAAUGCACUUUUACAACCUAAGCCCGAAUCUGGAUGCUGCUCAGAUGCUAGUCAUGUCAGAUAUUGAGGAUCCUUUUGUACCGUUGGGCGACGGCCUAUUUGUCGAUCCGGCGGAAUCCAAGACCGUCAUCACAAAAUUGCUUACACAACUGCCAAGCAUGUUCUCAGAGUUCAAGAAUCCUGAGCCGGCUUUGCUGCCAACGUUGAAUUCAGCGAUGGAGGCAUUGGCGGCGACUGGUGGUAAGAUUGUGUGCUCUUUAGCCGCGCUACCCACUUUUGGUCCUGGUCGCCUGUUCCUCCGUGACGAUGGCAAUGUGCACAAUACCGAUGCCGAGAAGAAGCUGCUCCAAACGGAACAUCCUGGAUUCCGGAAAGUCGCGGAGAAGAUGGUUCAAAGCGGUAUCGGUAUCGACUUCUUUAUGGCGGCACCCAGUGGUGGCUAUCUGGACAUCGCGACAAUCGGCCACGUCUCAGCUAUAACGGGUGGCGAAGUCUUCUACUAUCCCAACUUCCACUCGCCACGGGACACCCUCAAGUUGUCCAAGGAGAUCAAACAUACAGUCACGCGAGAAACCGGAUAUCAAGCGCUGAUGAAGGUUCGCUGCUCAAAUGGUCUGCAGGUCUCCGCUUAUCAUGGCAACUUUUACCACCAUACCUUUGGCGCCGAUCUCGAGUUUGGAGUCAUUGAUGCCGACAAGGCUAUUGGCGUCAUGUUCAGCUAUGAUGGCAAACUGGAUCCGAAGCUUGAUGCCCAUUUCCAGAGUGCAUUGCUCUACACAACUGCCAACGGCGAGCGACGGGUGCGGUGUACCAACAUCGUAGCCAGCGUUAGCCAAAACACUGGCGAAUGCAUGAAAUUCGUUGACCAGGAUGCCGUUGUCAACAUCAUCGCAAAGGAAGCCGCUGUCCGUAUGACCGAGAAGAAUCUUAAGGAGAUUAGAGGAGCUCUGACGGAAAAGACGGUUGACAUUCUUGCUGGCUACAGGAAGAACUUUACUGGAAAUAGUCCUCCAGGUCAGCUCGUCCUACCAGAAAACCUCAAAGAGUUCGGCAUGUAUAUUUUGGGCUUGACCAAGUCGAGAGCCUUCAAAGGAGGGAAAGAGCCGACCGAUAGGAGGGUACACGACAUGAGAAUGAUCAAGUCGAUGGGACCAUUGGAGUUGUCGCUCUAUCUCUACCCUCGGAUCAUCGCGGUACACAACCUUGAUGAAAGGGAUGGAUUCGCCAACGAGAAGGGGCAUUUAGUCAUGCCAGAAGGCGUGCGAGCAUCGUUUUCCAAGGUCGAGGAGGGUGGAGUCUACAUAGUCGACAACGGCCAGGUUUGCCUACUAUGGCUCCAUGCACACGUUUCGCCAAAUCUGCUCGAAGAUCUCUUCGGCGAGGGCAACAACAGCCUAAAGGCACUCGACCCCUUCUUAUCCACGCUUCCCGUUCUGGAGACACACUUGAACGCGCAAGUCCGUAACAUCUUGCAAUACAUGGAGGGCACAAGAGCGUCCAAGGCUCUGACGAUACAGCUUGCUCGGCAAGGUUUGGACGGCGCAGAGUAUGAGUUUGCGAGAUUACUCUACGAGGACCGCAACAAUGAGGCACAAAGCUAUGUAGACUGGCUCGUCCACGUGCACAGACACAUACAGCUAGAGCUUGCAGGACAGCGGAAGAAGGAUGAUAACACAAAUGACAUGGGAUCGACGUUCGUCGGCUUACGGACACCGUACUGGGGAUAGAGACUUUGACGCCGGCGUUGAGAAGCGUGUAUUGCAUAGCGACAUUGGGAUGCGGCGCAUGAUUUAUAGAGCAAACGCGACACGUAUAAAUGAACACAACACACUUCUCCACUUU